CGAUCCAAAAAUUUUAUGGGUUUACUUGCAGGUUGGAUGUAUGAAGAAAGAGGUAGUGGUCGGAAAAUGAGUUUAACUUCAAGGGUGUGGAUUGUAGCGCUGAAAUCCUUGACUUGGUUCUCACGACCUAUGCUGUACUCGUACCAAGGUGCUCUUCCCAGAUUGCCCCUUCCUGCUCUCAAGGAUACCAUGGAUCGGUAUCUGCGAAGUGUCCGUCCACUAAUGGAUGAUGAGAAUUAUGUUCGGAUGGAGAAGCUUGCCCAGGAUUUUCAGACAGGUAUUGGAAAAAAGCUUCAAAGGUACCUGGUUCUCAAGUCAUGGUGGGCAAGCAACUAUGUAACAGAUUGGUGGGAAGAGUUCGUGUAUCUGCGAGGCCGAUCACCAAUCAUGGUUAACUCUAAUUUCUAUGGCACAGAUGCCAUUCUUCUCCACCCAACACAGAUUCAGGCAGCUCGUGCAGCAAAUGUAACUCAUGCAGCUUUUCUUUUCCGACGCUUGAUAGAUAAUCAACAACUUAAACCAAUCAUGGCUCAGAACUUGGUGCCACUGUGUUCAUAUCAGUAUGAUCGGACAUUUAACACCACCCGUAUCCCAGGCAUUCAGACAGAUAAAAUUGUUCACUUCAGUGACUCAACACACAUAGCUGUCUACCAUGCUGGGCGGUUCUUCAAAAUGCCAUGCUACUACAAGGGCAGACUACUCAAUCCAAAGGAACUUCAGAUUCAGUUUGAGCGUAUUCUGGCUGAUGAGUCUGUACCAGAAAAGGGUGAAGCUAACUUAGGAGCAUUAACAGCUGGAGAACGUAAACCAUGGGCUGAAGCACGUACAAAAUUUUUCAGCAAGGGAAUCAAUCGGUUAUCAUUAGCAGCGAUUGAAAAGGCUGCCUUUGUGGUAGUCUUGGAAGAGGAGGAAUAUGACUACUGUGAAAAUAAAGCGAGUCAGUUGGAUAGGUUUGGGCGGGCUAUGCUUCAUGGCAAAGGUUAUGACCGCUGGUAUGACAAGUCCUUCAAUGUCAUCAUCAUGAAAAAUGGCAGGAUUGGCUUCAAUGCAGAACACAGCUGGGCAGAUGCCCCAGUCUUGGGCCACAUGUGGGAAUACAUUAUGGGCGAGGAUUUCUUUGAAUUUGGAUACGAUGAAAAUGGAAAUUGCAAUGGUGUAGCAAGCUGCGAUCCCCCUGUACCAACACGUCUUAAGUGGGAACUAAACCAAGAAUGCCUACAGGUCAUAGAUUCUUCCUUCAGGGUUGCUGAAGCGCUCUUGAAUGAUGUUGACCUACGUUUGUAUAUGCACACUGCCUAUGGCAAGGGCUUUAUGAAGGCUUGCCGGCUGUCACCUGAUGCAUACACACAAAUGGCCCUACAGUUGGCAUACUAUCGGGAUGCAGGCAAAUUUAACCUGACUUAUGAAGCCAGCAUGACACGUCUCUUCAGAGAUGGCAGGACUGAGACUGUUAGACCAUGCACUAUUGAAUCAGCUGCUUGGGUCAAGGCCAUGGAAGACAAAACUGUCUCUAAUGAGGAGCGUGUUGCACUAUUGAAGAAGGCGUGUAUCCAGCACCAGAAUGCAUAUCGAGAUGCAAUGUGUGGCAAAGGCAUUGAUCGUCAUUUGUUUUGUUUAUAUGUCAUCUCGAAGUACUUGGAAGUAGACAACCCAUUCUUAAAUGAGGUGUUAUCAGAACCAUGGCGCCUCAGCACCUCUCAGACCCCACAUGGUCAGACUACCAAAAUGGAUUUGACAAAGAACCCUAAAUGUAUCAGUGCUGGGGGUGGCUUUGGUCCUGUUGCCGAUGAUGGUUAUGGUGUGUCUUACAUAAUAGCUGGAGAAGACACGCUCUUUUUCCACGUGUCUAGCAAGAAGAGUUCUCCUGUUACAGUGAGUAUUGCUUUCUGUGUAAUAUUAUUCAUUAUCUUUUUACCCUUGAGUCACUUUCAGGAGUGUAAAUGCAGCUGGGAGUAAAGGAUCAAAAAGAGU